GUUCAGAAAAAAAUUCCAAAGAUUCGGCCAUUAGCGAAGCUCCGAGCUCCAACUCUGUUGGCGGAACAUUGUACUGAUCCGAUCCCUGCACCAGAGGUUCUCAACGUAGGAAGAUCCCCUCUCUUCGUUCUUCUAGAUAGGUUUUUGUUCUUGUGGUGAGCUGAUUAGGGAUCGAGCAAUCGGCGUUGAGGAUGAGGGUUUCGAAGCGAUCGAUCGGCGUGGUGUGGGCAUGGGUACGGCAGCAGCCGCCGAAGAUCAAAGCGUUCCUCUCCGUGGUCACCGGGAUGGCAGCACUCGCCUUCCUUAGAUUCGUGGUUCACGACCACGAUAAUCUUUUCGUCGCCUCUGAGGCCGUUCACGCCGUUGGAAUCUCGGUGCUCAUUUACAAGCUCACCAAAGAGAAAACAUGUGCCGGACUAUCCCUCAAGUCUCAGGAAUUAACAGCUUUGUUCUUAUCUGUUAGACUUUACUGCAGUUUUGUUAUGGAGUAUGAUAUACACACGUUGCUGGAUUCUGCCACUCUUGUAACAACACUGUGGGUUAUUUAUAUGAUUCGUUUUAAACUAAAAUCAAGCUACAUGGAAGAUAAGGACAAUUUCGCAAUAUACUAUGUGGUUGUGCCCUGUGCAGUGUUAGCUUUGUUGGUUCACCCAACUACAUCACACAAUCUUGUUAACAGGAUUUUCUGGGCCUUCUGUGUUUAUCUUGAAGCUGUUUCUGUGUUGCCACAGCUCCGUUUGAUGCAGAACACCAAGAUUGUUGAGCCAUUUACUGCACACUACGUAUUUGCAUUAGGAAUUGCCAGGUUUUUGAGCUGUGCCCAUUGGGUUCUUCAGGUAUUGGACACACGGGGAAGAUUGCUGACUGCUCUUGGAUACGGCUUGUGGCCAUCAAUGGUUCUCCUCUCUGAAAUAGUCCAAACAUUCAUCCUUGCUGAUUUCUGUUAUUAUUAUGUGAAGAGUGUAUUCGGUGGGCAGCUUGUUCUGCGUCUUCCUUCAGGUGUUGUGUGAGAUAUAUUAUAUUAUUAUUAUUAUUAUUAUUUAUUAUUAUUAUUAUUAGAAUGUUUUAUUUUGGUAAAUUGAUGCAUAUUUGGAUAAUUUUUUAAUGUAGAAACUAGAAAUAGAGGCUAAUUCAAUUGUUGUUGAUCAGAAUGAGAUUCACGAUAAAAGAAAUUCUACUGCUUUUUUUA